AUGGAAAGCCUUUCAUCCCGGGAUGGUGUUUUGCUUUGCAGUUGGCACGUCGCCAUCUUAGCUGGCUGGAAAAUUCUCAUUCAUCAGUCUGUUUCUUUUUCAAAAACAAAAACACGCACACGUACACACAGACCCAGCAGGUGCCGCCACGCUAAGAUGAAGUUUGCUCCGUCGUGCGUACCGGAGCCGGAUUCACGGUACGGGGCCCGCUUUCCGUGGCCAUUCACGUGGACGUCGGGCGUCCGGCAACCGCCAUUGAACCCGGGCGAUAUGGCGAAUCUACACGAGCGCAUCAACCACCUGCGGCCGCUCUGGUUCGAAGGGUUCCAGCUGAACGUGUCGAAGAGCUGCGGCGUGAACCGAACGAUGGGUGCCAGCUGGAGCUUGAGCCACGUAACACCGACCGGUUUCCGGCUCGGUGGACACUUCCGGCGACGAUGCAGCGAUAGUGUGCUGACCACACCACUUGUAGCGUUCGAUGUGAAUCCGACUACGCUCUGUUCGAACCUCCUGUUCCUGUACCGGCCCGCCCGUUCGGUUGGGCUCGAGCUAGCGCUGCAGCUGCAGCCGGGCGAAACUCCGUUCGUGGAUGAAUUGUCGUUGCAGUACACAGGCCUUAGCCGGACGUCCACUGUACGGUGCAGUACGCCCGGCACGCCGGAUACGUACCGGGUCAGCGUGGAUCAUCUGGUCAGUCUGAACGAUCGGUUGUGCUUCGGGGUGGAAGUGCUGUGCGAGUGCUACCAUGGCACACACAACACCAAUGUGGCCUUUGCCGGACGAUACAACCGGGAAACGUACACGUUGGCCGCUACAAUUUCCCCGGAAGCGUUCGAUUUGAGUUACUGGCAAAAAGUGUCCAACACGCUGCAGAUGGGCUCGUCAAUGAUUGUGAACCAGCGACAGAACCGUGCGCUCGGUAGCGUCUGCUAUCGGCUGGAACACGCGGACACCGUCAUCCGUGGUUCGUUCGAUUCCGACUGGGCCAUCGGCUUCACGUAUGCCAGAAAGCUUACGCCGGCCGCAUUCACCGCCUGUUUGAGUUUGUUGUUUUGUGCGCCGAAAAACACGUUUCAGUGUGGAUUUCGGAUUGAUUUGGAUUCUAAUUUGCUGUGAGUGUCGCCGACUGCCAACGCCGCCACCAAUCA